UAGAUCAAAAUUCGUUCACUCGAAAAGGCUACUAAAGAAUCGCCCGGCGCGAUAUCGAACACACUCGACCUUCGGAAAUUUCGCGCACCUUGCGAGGCGAGAUAUCGUGCAGGGUGCAGGGUGCAGGGUGCAGGGGAGAGAGAGCAUCGGUGGCAGGGAUAAGCGCGAAAACAGCGGAGAGCGGAGAAAGUGUGGAGUCACACAGUUUUGUUUUGUUAUGAUUCGUGUCGCAAUCGACGGCGUAGAGUGUCUAUAUCGCCAACGAAAGGGAGAGGGCGGACAAGAGCGGGCAGGAAAAGCGCGAUCUCGAUCGUUCCGACCGGGAUCCUAGAUGAGAGUGUCUACGCGACGAUUCUGCAAAUCGCGAUACGAUGCGAUAGCUUUCACCGAGGAACGCUCGUCGAGGUGGUCGGCGUCAAGGUGGUGGAUUCCGUUCGCGAAUACGGGGAGAAACCUAACAGCGGCAGGUGGGCGAGCGUCGCUCCGUGGGUCACCUGCAGUAUGCUCAGGGUGUACGACAGGCGGAUAUUAUGGCUGCAGGUGAGGCCAGCACGGCGAAGCCUCGUCAAGAGAAACAGUACGACUAUCUGCUCAAGUUUCUCUUGGUGGGCGACAGCGAUGUCGGCAAGCAGGAGAUCUUGAGCGGCCUCGAGGACGGCGCCGCGGAGUCGCCGUUCUGCAGUGGCAGCGCUUACAAAACUACCACUAUUCUACUGGAUGGGAAACGAGUAAAGCUGCAGCUAUGGGAUACAUCAGGCCAAGGUAGAUUCUGCACAAUCAUUCGGUCUUACUCUAGAGGUGCUCAGGGUAUACUCUUGGUGUACGAUAUUACCAACAAAUGGUCCUUUGAUGGCAUCGAUAGGUGGCUGAAAGAAGUGGAAGAGCAUGCGCCUGGAGUACCAAAAGUAUUGGUUGGCAAUCGUCUACACUUGGCUUUCAAGAGACAAGUGGGGGAACGAGAUGCAGAGACUUACGCAGCUAAAAAUCGAAUGGCAUUUUUCGAAGUCUCGCCUCUCUGCGACUUCAAUAUUCGCGAAAGCUUCUCAGAACUCUCUCGCAUGGCGUUGCAUAGGAAUGGCAUGGAAAGAUUAUGGCGAUCGAAUAAAGUGCUCAGCCUGCAAGAAUUGGCAUGUCGCGCGAUAGUGGCUCGAACAACGGUUUACGGUAUCGACCAAUUACCGUUGCCCAAGUCGAUCAAGUCGCACUUGAAGUCGUACGCGAUGACAACCACGACCCAGUUACGUUAUAACGGCAACCGUUCGUCAAGUUCCAGCAAGAGUCUGGGAUCGCAUCAUCGGAAGCUGCGCUUCGUCGGGGUGGGUCACAACAACGGAUUGUCGACGCCCGGCAGUUCGCCCGGCAGCAUUACCGAUUCUCGUACAAGUUGCGUCGGUCGCAAUUCCUGCACAGUGUCUUGAAAAUGAAAGAGAGGGAAGAAAUCAGGAUAGAGCGGUUACUUACAAAACGACACUCAGCACAAUCGGGCCUUCUUCCUUCACUCCCCCGUUCUAUCGAGAAUACAAACGCUCGUUUUGCGAUUAUUUCAUACUUGAUAGUGAUUACUGUUAGAUUACUACGAGAGGCAGUAUAAAUAUAUACAAUUAUCCAAUUUGUCACUUGCCAAUGAUCACUUUGGACGGAUACUCUUGUUGCGUUUAUUACGAGACACGUUUCGUAUCAUAUAUAUUUUCACAUUCGCAAACAAAUUAUUCGCAUGCACAAAUGAUUACAAUGAACAGUUUACGAGCUUAAGAGAGGCAAACUAUCAUAUACCCGUGCCAUUCGCGAGAUAAAGAAAGAGAAAAACGUUACGGUAUACAAGCAGGGAAAGAAAUCCUUAAAUGUUAUUAUUAAGUAUAUCAUAUUACACGGUAUUACAUCGAUCAGAACUCGUACGGAUUUCCCUAUCGCGAAAGAGAACGCAUUAGGAAAUUACAAAGUAAAAAAUAUAUACAUCCGAUAUAUCAACCGAUAUACAUUAUGCGAUUCGCGCGAGUGUGCCUAUAUUUUUAAAUCUAUAUAUAAGUCGCUUUGUUUUUUUUUUUUUUGGCCGUUGUUGGAAAAGUAACCCCCUCCUCCUUCUCCACAAACGUAUCUCUCUGUGCAAAAUAUUCUUUCUUUGAUCAUAAGCUUAUAAAAACGGAGAGUAAUGAAUUGAAAAAAAGUACAAGUUUGCUAAGUCUACAGUGGUUGUGGUGUAGACUAAUGAUGAUAGUGUAAGCAUAGAAUGUUUAGAGCAGCUAACUCGAGAUAUAUUAGCAAUAUAUAUAUAUAUAUAUAUAUAUGAUAAAUAUAGGUAUAUAUAUUUUCACUUGCUUGUAUCCUCGUGGAAAUCUUUUUAUCGGAAACUACCGAUCACCGACCGUGGAAGAGCAUAUAUUUUUUAAGGAGACGGUUUUACAAAGAGCAAUAAAAUUAGCUCUUUCUACGGCACGACUUUUUACAUUAUAUUACAUCGAUCGCGAUCGGAUAAUUUCCUCAGUGUUUUAUUUCGCUCGUGUAAAUUUUAAAAUGCGCAAAGUGGUAUUUUUUUCCACGUUUAACGAAACGCCCCGAAGUAUGUUAUUUAAAAGUAUUGUCUUAUUUAAUUUCACCUAAAUAUAAAUUUACUUGUACAGUGUAAGAUUGCAGGAGAUGCGUUUGUGUGUAUUGUAUAGAUAGAUAGAACACACUCGAUCUCUAACGAUAUAUAUCUGUAACAAAUUGCUCGAUGCCAGGAAAGCACAUGAGAUGUAUUUAUAUUACGUUAGAUUUAACUAAAUUAUAUUAUGUGUAUAUAUAAAUAGAACUCUAUUAUAUUAUAUUGUUUUAUAUGAACAUAACACACAAUGUGCUUACUUGUCUGUGAGAUGUAAUUGAAUAAACUUAACUUGUCAUUAUACACAUUAUGCAAUGCAUGUAAUCAGUAUGUAAAAAUUUCAAACGGAUUUCCUACUUUAAACCAAAUCUUCCUUAAUAAAUGGUUCACAU